AGUGAGUGUGCCUUGAUCGGUCUGAUCUGAUCGGUCUAUCUAGAUUAGAUGAGUUCUUCCUCCAUGUGUGUUUGGACGGUGCAGUCGGAGGUGGGGUACGCCACACACGUCAAGGUGAAGCCGGCGUCGAGCUGCGAGUCGUCCAGAAACGACUGCUCGCUGUUGUCAACACCGCCAGACACAACCUUGCCCGCACACGUCGAGCAUGACCCCGCCCUGAUGAAGAGAACGACACACAACACACACAGAGCACAUGGGUUCCUUUCCUCUCUCUCUCUCUCUGUGCGUGCGUGCGCGUGUGUGUGUGUCAGAUCUCCCCACCCCCACGCACCUGCAUGAGUAGGGGAGCUCAAUGCCGGCCUCCUCAGCGGCAUCCAAAAUGUAUUGGUCGUCGGCGCACUCUAUCUCCUUGUCGCCCUCGGGGGUCUUGAGGGUCACCUUGUAGGCCAACUCGGUCUGCACCGGCAGGCGGCGGUAGUGGGUGCUCUUGAGGGGCUGCAGGUAGCACAGCUGGGAGCACCCACCCACACCCGCGAUGAAGGCCGGCUGGGAGUUCCUGUGCACAUAGCGGUUGAUGAAGCGCGUGUUGAUGGCUGAGCAGGCCGCGAUCAGGGCAACAAACACGGCUACCGCAAACUUCAUUUUCUGCACACACAAUUGUGACCGAGAGGGACAGGAGAAUGAAUGCUUUCUGCACCGUGACUGUGCGUCAGUGACGUGCGCGUCUCCGCACCAGGCAACAGAAGAUCGCGGGCGGGGUUGGGUCGGUGGCGGGUGGUG